AUGAUGGUGGUGUUCAAUACAGAAACACAAAGGUGGGAGCCAGACACGGAGCCAGACACGGAGACACGGAGAAACACAAUAGGUACCGCGCUACCUUGUCAUGCGGUGGUGAUGGGUGAUAAGAUUUAUACGAGGAAUUCUCAGAAUAGUUUUGUUUACGAGCCAAAAGAAAGUAAAUGGCAAAAGGACAAGAUGCUGAAUUCAAAGAAGUGGACGAAUGCGUGUGUGGUAGAUGGCGUAUUGUACUAUCACGAUAGGGAUGAGGAUAGUUAUGAGGAAGUUUUAAGAACGUAUGAUCCAAAGAAGAGGUGUUGGGGAGUGGUGAAUGGUUUGGAAGAUUUUCCGGCUGAGAUGAGAUGGUCAUCAGAGACUGUGAGUUACGGUGGGAAACUGGCCUUGUUUUUCCUAAACUAG